AUGCUGUAUUUAGACGAUUUUAUUGAAGCAAUUGAAAAUUUCCCUGAGGAAUUACGGGACAUGUUAACUACCAUCAGAGAACUUGAUUUAGGCGUGCAAAAUGCAAUGGACGAGCAGAGCAAAAGAUCUGAUGUGUUUUUCCAAAAUGCACGAAAAAUGAAAACGGAAAAGCGAAUUACGGUAUUCACAUCGAUAAUGCUAGAUUUCAAAAAAAUCUUAGAAGAUGCAGGCGAGAAAGUGAACGUAGCGGAAAGAUUGCGCCAUCUCCUGUUGAGGCGCCUCGAGCAGCUCGAUCGCGAGAUAGGCAAGUUUAAAGUUGAUUUGGAAGCGGACAGUCCAGGGAUCACUGCAGUCAUUGAAAAGAGAGCUCUGAUGGACAGUGCCGUUGAGAGCGAGGCGCGUACGUGCAAGGAAAAGAGGAUCAAGUCGAAAAAGAAAGACAAAAAAAGAGCAGCACGCCUGUCGGGAGCACCGAUUACCGAUUUAGGUUUCACGCAGGAGCAACAGCUGCCCCUCGAUUUUGCAUCACUCCAGGUGGACAAUGGUAUUUUGCUAAGUAGCAACGUACCUAUUGACGCCGACGUUAAUUUUGUCUAUGAUCCGACGCGCUAUUGUAUUUGCAAUCAAGUAUCGUAUGGAAAUAUGAUCGCCUGCGAUAACGAUCUCUGCUCGUACGAAUGGUUUCAUUACGCUUGUGUUAAUUUGACUAUAGCUCCCGAAGGCAAAUGGUAUUGUCCUAAGUGUAAAGUGUGCACAGUUUCUUUGAAACGCAAUCAGAAGUAA